AUGAAAGCUAUGUUUCAAAUGAACUAUUUCUCUAGUGGUAUUAAAAACCAAACCAGCUCAAAUUUUGCCUAUCAGCAACAUUCGGCAAUAUGUUUUAUGCCUGUGAUGUGGAUUUUGCUUUUUAUUGUAGAAGCUUUCGCUAUACUGCUUUACAACAAAGCACUAAAUAUGGCCACAAGUUGCCACGUACUUUUAUUUGGACAAGUUGGGAAAAACUUAAAAGGUUCGUAA